GGGAAGCGCACCGUGCGCUCGGGGCUGCACCCCGGGCCCCCCGCGCUCGGGCUCCGGGGCGGCCGCGCCCCGCCCGCCGCCGACAACCGGCUCAAGACCACCAAGUACACGCCGCUGUCCUUCGUGCCCAAGAACCUGUUCGAGCAGUUCCACCGGCUGGCCAACGUCUACUUCGUGCUCGUCGCGCUGCUCAACUUCGCGCCCGCCGUGAACGCCUUCCAGCCGGGGCUGGCGCUGGCGCCCGUGCUCUUCAUCCUGGCGGUGACGGCGCUCAAGGACCUGUGGGAGGACUUCAGCCGCCACCGCUCGGACCUGGCCAUCAACCACCGCGCCUGCCUGGUCUUCAGCCGGGAAGAAAAGAAGUACGUGCACCGCUUCUGGAAGGAAAUCAACGUGGGAGACUUUGUACGCCUCCGCUGUAAUGAGGUCAUCCCCGCAGACGUCCUGCUGCUGUCCUCCAGCGACCCCGACGGGCUGUGCCACAUUGAGACCGCCAACCUGGAUGGGGAGACCAACCUAAAGCGGCGCCGGGUGGUGCGUGGGUUCUCGGAGCUCGUCUCUGAAUUCAACCCCCUGACGUUCACCAGCGUGAUUGAGUGUGAGAAGCCCAACAACGACCUGAGCCGGUUCCGUGGCUGCAUCACCCACAGCAGUGGAGAGAAGGCCGGGCUGCACAAGGAGAACCUGCUGCUGCGUGGCUGCACCAUCAGGAACACAGAAGCUGUGGCUGGUAUUGUCAUCUAUGCAGGACACGAGACCAAGGCUCUGCUGAACAACAGCGGGCCCCGCUACAAGCGCAGCCAGCUUGAGAGGCAGAUGAACUGCGAUGUGCUCUGGUGUGUCCUUCUCCUCAUUUGUAUGUCUCUGUUUUCAGCGGUCGGACAUGGACUGUGGGUACGGCGUUACCAGGAGAAAAAGGCUCUAUUUGAUGUCCCCGAGGCCGAUGGCAGCUCUCUGUCCCCAGUCACAGCUGCGGUGUACACAUUCUUGACAAUGAUAAUAGUCCUGCAGGUUUUGAUCCCCAUUUCCUUGUACGUCUCCAUUGAGAUCGUCAAAGUGUGCCAGGUGUACUUCAUUAACCAGGACGUGGCCCUCUAUGAUGAGGACACGGACUCCCAGCUGCAGUGCCGGGCCCUGAACAUCACCGAAGACCUGGGGCAGAUUCAGUACAUCUUCUCGGACAAGACCGGCACUUUAACUGAGAACAAGAUGGUGUUCCGAAGGUGCACCGUGUCUGGGGUAGAGUAUUCUCACGAUGCAAACGCCCAGCGGCUGGCGAGGUACCAGGAAGUGGACUCGGAGGAGGAGGACGCUGUGCCCAAGGGGGGGUCGUGGUCUCGGCGCGGCAGCAUCGGGAGCCACCAGAGUGUCCGGAUCCUGCGCAGGACGCAGAGCACCAAGUCGCACCGGCACGCCGGCAGCCGCGCGGAAGCCAAGAGGGCUGGUGAGCCGUCCAGGCACACCGCCUUCAGCAGCCCCAUGGAGAAAGACAUCGCGCCCGACCCGAAGCUGCUGGAGAAGGUCAGCGAGUGUGACAGGUGCCUGGCCAUCUCGCGGCACCAGGAGCAGCCCCUGGCACACCUCUCGCCCGAGCUGGCAGACGUCUUCGACUUCUUCAUUGCGCUUACCAUCUGCAACACGGUGGUGGUCACGUCCCCCGCUCAGCCACGACAAAAGCAGGUGAGGGUGCGGUUUGAGCUGAAGUCUCCGGUCAAGACGAUAGAAGAGUUCCUUAGGAGGUUGGCGCCCAGCCGCCUGGCCUCUGUGUGCAGCAGCACGGGCAGCCUGGCCACCAGCAAGUCCAGCCACAAGUCGGGCUCUGGCUUCCUGUCCAGCCUCUCCAGUGACGGUGUGUUUCUCAAGCUGGAGGAGAGGCUGGGCCAGCCCACGCCGUCCAUCGCCAGCAAUGGCUACAGCAACCAGUCUGAGAGCUGGGCCCCCGAGCAGAAGCCAGAGCUGGGCCAGGAGCAGGAGCUGCGCUACGAGGCCGAGAGCCCUGAUGAGGCGGCGCUGGUCUACGCUGCCAGGGCCUACAACUGCGCGCUGGUGGCCCGGCUCCCUGACCAGGUCUCCGUGGAGCUGCCCCGCCUGGGCAGGCUCACUUUCGAGCUCCUGCACACACUGGGCUUUGACUCCAUCCGCAAGAGGAUGUCGGUGGUAAUCCGGCACCCGCUCACCGACGAGAUCAGUGUCUACACCAAGGGCGCUGACUCUGUGGUCAUGGAUCUGCUGCUGCCCUGCUCCUCAGAGGAGGCCAGAGGGCAGCAUCAGAAGAAGAUCCGCAGCAAGACGCAGAGCUUCCUCAACCUGUACGCCAUGGAGGGCCUGCGCACGCUGUGCAUUGCCAAGAGGGUUCUGAGCAAAGAGGAAUACGCCUGUUGGCUGCAAGGCCACUUGGAAGCGGAGUCGUCCCUGGACAACCGCGAAGAGCUGCUCUUCCAGUCUGCCUUGCGCCUGGAGACAAACCUGCACUUGCUGGGUGCCACUGGGAUUGAAGACCGCCUGCAGGAUGGAGUCCCCGAAACCAUCUCUAAACUGCGGCAAGCAGGCUUACAGAUCUGGGUUCUCACGGGUGACAAACAGGAGACAGCUGUCAACAUUGCCCAUGCCUGCAAACUGCUGGACCACGAUGAAGAAGUCAUCACCCUGAAUGCCGAGUCCCAGGAAGCAUGUGCGGCCCUCCUCGAGCAGUGCCUACGCUAUGCACAGUCUAGGGUGCCCUGCAGUGCCCCUGAGAAGACCGAAGGCAACGUCAGCGUGGGGCUCCUCCCUCUCGGCUCGACCUCCAAGUCCCCUGCAUUGGGCCCCAGCCUGAGCCUUGUGAUCGAUGGGCGGAGCCUGGCCUAUGCACUGGAGAAGAACCUGGAAGACAAGUUCCUUUCCCUCGCCAAGCAGUGCCACUCCGUACUGUGCUGCCGCUCGACCCCGCUGCAGAAAAGCAUGGUGGUGAAGCUGGUGCGGAGCAAGCUCAAAGCCAUGACCCUGGCCAUUGGUGACGGAGCCAACGACGUCAGCAUGAUCCAGGUGGCCGAUGUGGGCGUGGGCAUCUCAGGCCAGGAAGGCAUGCAGGCAGUGAUGGCCAGCGACUUUGCAGUGCCGAAAUUCCGCUACCUGGAAAGACUCCUCAUCGUGCAUGGACACUGGUGCUACUCCCGCCUGGCCAACAUGGUGCUCUACUUCUUCUACAAAAACACAAUGUUCGUGGGUCUGCUGUUCUGGUUCCAGUUUUACUGUGGCUUCUCGGCGUCUGCCAUGAUCGACCAGUGGUAUUUGAUCUUCUUCAACCUGCUCUUCUCAUCACUGCCCCAGCUGGUGACCGGGGUGCUAGACAAGGACGUGUCGGCAGAUGCACUGCUGUUGGAGCCGCAGCUCUACAAGAGCGGACAGAAGAGGGAGGAAUAUCGUCCGCGUGCUUUCUGGUUAAACAUGGUCGAUGCCGCCUUCCAGAGCUUGGUUUGCUUCUUCAUUCCUUACCUGGCCUACUACGACUCCGACGUGGACGUGUUCACCUGGGGCACCCCCAUCACGGCCAUCGCGCUGCUCACCUUCCUCCUGCACCUGGGCAUCGAGACCAGGACCUGGACCUGGCUCAACUGGGUAGCAUGUGGCUUCAGUAUCCUUUUAUUCUUGACGGUGGCUUUGAUCUAUAAUUCUGCCUGUGCGACCUGCUAUCCUCCAUCUAACCCCUACUGGACCAUGCAGACGUUACUGGGAGACCCCGUGUUUUACUUGCUCUGCUUCAUAACACCUGUCACUGCACUGCUGCCCAGGUUGUUCUUCAAAGCUCUCCAGGGAAGCCUGUUCCCCACUCAGCUGCAGCUGGGACGCCAGUUGGCCAAGAAACGCCACAAGACCCUGAAGACUCCCCAAGAGACCUUUGCUCAGGGACACCUCCCAAGAGAGCCAAAGGCGGAGGUCUCCAAAGGGAGCGCCGGGUACCCCCAGGAGUCCCUCGCUAGGGACUGUGCCUCACACGCUUCCCAGCAUGCACAGCAGCCACCAGCCUGCUCUCCCAAUGCCAGCGGGGAGCCCAGUGCAGUGGACAUUAGUGCACCGCUCAGGGAACACGGCUGGAUGGGGUCCCCAGGGUCUUCCCUACCCGGGGAGGCUGUGCCAGGAGAGUGUGCUGGGAAUCACCAGAGAAAGCCCCUUGGCACAAGCCAGGCAGCUCCCCUGGGGUCCCUCUUCAGCCUGCCCAACCUCAGAUCCCUGGGCUGUGUGUCCUCCCUGUCCCUGGUCAGCGGGCUGGGCAGCGUCCUCCAGUUCUCCAGAAGUAGUUUACAUACGGACCAGCGGGGUGGUGAGCUCUUGUCCAGCCCCCCGCAGCCAGAGCAGGACAUGUCUGGCUUGCAGAGACAGGCUGCAGGCUACUUCUAGGUCAGCCAAGGGACCACAGGCCCUUUCUAGGUACAUAACCUAGGUGUUAGGAUUAUUUAUGUUUAUACACAGAAGAGUUAUAGGGAGAUACAUUUUUAAAUAUUUCCAGACUAACACAGGAAAUGAGAGGCACCCCCAAAAACUUUAUUU